UCACUUGCUAACAUUUAGUUCUAAUUUAAACGUAGAAGAGUAAGCUGGCAUAGGCGCUAAAUAACAUACUGGACGUUCGCGCACAAUCAACAAAAUGAAGUGGCAUUUUUCUGUAUUGGCCGCCAUUGUUAUUGUGAGUGUGGUGGAAGCUGGUACAUCGACCAGCGAUGUGGCCCAAAAUAUCGAUCGUAAUAUUUUUGCUUCUGAUUUCUACAAUUCUGUGGCCAGCGAAAAAUUAGCCGACAAUGUGGUCGUCUCACCGGCAGCUGUGCAAAUUUCCAUGGCUUUGGCAUUUUAUGGUGCCAAAGGUAAGACUGCCACUGAAAUGCAAACUGGCUUGAGAUUGGGUUCCGCCGAUCCUGAAAUGGUAGUGCGUCGCUUCGGCGAUUUCCAACAGACCUUUGCUCGAGACAAUAAUGUUCGUUUGGCCAACAACAUUUAUAUCAACGAGAAUCUUGAAUUCAAGCAAAAGUUCAAAGACGUUGCCCAACGCAAUUUCGAUUCGAACAUUGAAAAAGCCGACUUUCAUCCACCCUACAAUAAGAGGACAGCCGAACGCAUCAAUAAGGCCAUGGAAACCAAAACUGCUGGCAAAGUCACAAACAUCUUGGACCACAAUCUGCUGCAGGACCUCACCGAGGGUGUUAUUGUCAAUGGCAUUAGCUUCAGUGCCCCUUGGCAGAAGGCCUUCCGUACUGAUAAAACUUCACGGCGAUCCUUCUCAACCGGCGGUCGGCAGUCAUUCCAAGUUGACACCAUGUGGACUUUAAACAAUUUCAAGUAUGGCGAAUUUAGGAGUUUGGACGCCACGGCGGUUGAAAUGCCCUACCAGAAUAAUGACUUUUCUAUGGUUGUUAUUUUGCCCAACCGCAAGGAUGGUUUGCGUGACUUGGUGCAGACAUUGAAGGGUAAGAAUUUGGUUGCUCUCCUCGACGAAGGCCUCAGCUCACAGAAGGUGGAAAUUUACUUGCCCAAGUUCAGCAUAUCAUUCAAUACUAACCUGCAGGAGCCUUUCAAAAAGCUGGGUGUCACUACCAUGUUUACACGCGAGGGCGACUUUGGCAACAUGUACCGCAUGUUCGUUAGCCACUACAUCAACAGUGCCAAUCACAAGGCCUAUGUAGAGGUUGCUGAAGCUGGCACAGAGCAACCAUUGGAAUCUGGCGGUCUGAAGAAUCUCUUUUCACGUACCAAGAAAUUGGAUGCCGAUCAUCCGUUUGUCUUCUGUGUCAAACACAAAGAUUCGAUCAUAUUUAUGGGUCAUGUCGCCAAUUAUGCCUAUGUAUGAUUUUGUUGCGAUUUAUAUUAGAAUAAAAAUUAUAAUCUCAAGUGAAUGGCUAUAGCGAUAAAUAAAAUCAUAUGUAAUUACCCAAAGUCUAA